GAAAUUUGACCGGAGAGAAUGGAGGAAUCGAAGCAACAGCAGCAUCAACUGCAACAACAACAACUCUUUCUUCAAAUGCAGCAACAGCAACAACUGCAACAGCGUCAACAACAGCUCUUUCUGAUGCAGCAUUUGCAGAAACAGCAGCAGCAACAGGCGACGAUGUCGAGGUUUCCGUUGAACAUUGACCCUCAUCUCCGUCCUCCGGGGUUAAUCCAGAACCGACCCGUUAACCCGUUUCUUCAGAACGCUAACCCUAGCCCUAAUUUGAUUCAACAAGCGAAUAACUUUCAGCAACUGCAACAGCAGCAGAGUGUGCCGUUGAGUCAGCAAAUGAUGAUGAUGCAGCAACAGCAACAGCAACUGCAACAGAUGCAACAACAGCAGAAACUGAUGCGUCCUUCGAAUCAAUCGGAGAUGCAAUUCGCUUACCAGGACGCUUGGCGUGUCUGCCAUCCCGAUUUCAAAAGGCCUUUCGCUUCUCUCGAAGACGCUUGUGAAAGAUUGUUACCUUAUCACGUUGUAGCAGAUUACGAAGCAGAGGAAGAGGCUAAAAUCCUUGAAUCAGACCCAACAAGCCAGACGCUACCUCUCUGUCAACUAUGGGAUAACAACAUUGCAGCCAAAGUUGCAGAAUUCACGGCUAAGUUUGAGGAACAAGUCCAAACUUUUAACAUGAUAACCCAGGAGAGAAGCGAUGGAGAAGCCAGAGCCGAGGAAAGGCUGAUGAUUGAACAACUUUUGCUGCAAGACGAGAGAAAAGCAUGUAUUGAGAUGAAAACGGAACUGGAUAGGGAGAUGAAAGCUCAGGAGGUGAGGCUAAGAAUGGCUGCUAUGGCACAAGCAGCAGGACAGCAAGUGAGAGCAGCAGAGUCGCAACAAACUCAUGCCGAGAUGAUGGCGCGUAACCCGUUGAGAGCUAAUGCGAUUGGGAAUCAUGGAGAGCAAGGGCGUAACAUGCACCCUAAUGAGAUGAUGAUGCUGAUGAACGGAUGGGGGAAUAACAAUAACAACAAUAAUAGCCAGAAAGAGGAGAAGGAACCAUUAGAUGAUUUCUUGAAUGAUGAAGAAAAUGAGAAUGGUGAACAAGAGAACUGGCGACGAAGUGGGGAGUUUGAUUUGAAUACUCGGUAAAGGGAUGGGAGUUACCAAGGCUCAUAAUUUUUUUUUGUUUUGUUUAGUGGUCCAAAUACUCGCAGUUUGAUGAUGUAGUUAAGAAAACUUGAAAGGUAGUAGUGAAUAAGGAAGGUGACAGAGAAAUAAACGAUUUGGCGUGUCGCUGCA